UGCCAUGAGGAGCAUGUGCUGAUUAGGACCGACAAUUGUGCCGAGAUCCGUGGCGCCCUCUACAAGACGUGUAACACGUCGCUGAGUUGUGCCUAGUUUCACACCGUUUGCUCUUUUUAUCUCAACAGCAGUGAUUCUCCCUCGUGUAUCCUUAGCGAUAAAGCUCAACUGCAGCCUUUUCUUAGUUCCAACGCUUCCUCGAAACCGAAUGCUGCUGCGUCGUGAAUUGUCGUUAACCAGUAGCAAACUGGUUGGCGACAGAGCGUGCGCUUCUUAGUCGUGGUGUACCGCAAUGGCCGAUGAAAAAACAACGGAUCCCCCUCCUCCUGCGAACACUACCAAAGACGAUGCAGAGCCGAGUACAAGCGACGCCGGAACCGAGGAACCCUCCAACAUUCUGCAAGACAAUUUCAGUACUACCGAAGAGCCAAUCAAGGAGGCCGCAUCUUCAGAGAACCAGCUGCCUGCAGAGCCAGGAGCAGGCGGUGCUACAGAAAGUGAAACAGACUCUGUGGAGACUCCGAGCCCUCCGCGCGCAAGCCAAGACAGUACGGUGGUGGCAGAGGCGGCUGCUGCGGUCCCAAUUCAGAAAGGUGAUCAAACCAGCGAAGACCAAGAAAACAGACGUGUCUCCGAUAACUGCAGCAAGGUUAAUGGCCACCCACCUGACAUGGAAAGGGCUUCCGGCGCACCAACGGCGGAGGGACCACGCGAUUCCGAUGAAUCUGGUAGGCCGUCCCCGCCGAAUGACCUGUGCGCUCAGCGUCUCCGACGACUUACGUGCGAAAGACAUUACGACUGCGAAGAGUGUCAAAGGUUUUGUCGUCAAAGGGCGCACCUGGCCCGGCAUCGCCGCAGGUACACAUCCGAACGUCUGUUUGAGUGCUCGGAGUGUGGAUCUCACUUCGUCCGGAGAGGAAACUUAGACAGGCAUCUCACGAUUGAUCACCACAGAUGCCGUGUGUGCCCGGCUACGUUUGCGGACAUUUAUGGACUGGCGGCCCAUGUAAUUUGGCACUCGCUUGAUCUCAUGUGACAGUGUGGCAGGUGCGACUGAUCGACCUCCUUCGCAAGCAGGUUUGGCGGCACUUGCACAGGGCUGGAUAUUCGCGAGUCCAAAGUGUGUCUGGUGGAAAUUGUACACGUCAAAGAAUAUCAAAUUCCUAUCGGAAAAGGAGUGAAAUUACACUGCAGAGCAGUGUCUGCCGAAUGGCUUUAUGUCGCCCGGGCCAACUUUCGGAUAUAGUGCAUGAACUCAUCGCUGCUGCCUGACGUUCCAAAUGACUUGAAUUUGUUAAUGAAUGAGGUGACAAGGAGCUGUUAUUACGACACCUUGCCUCGUGCAUCCCAUUCUAAGCAUUCCGCGCUCGGAAAUCCUGUUAAAAUAUAAUGUUACCUACAAAGUUAACUGCGCUGUUCUUUAUUACCUCUCUACAGCCCGAGAACGGCUGCAUGAAAUCAUUUGUUAUCACUGAAUAAAGUUCUUAAGAAAUGUCUUUCAGUGUGUUCAUUCCGAAAAUUUUCAUUCUUUUCGUCAUUAUUUUCUUCUCUAUACACGAAGUGUGAGACCUUA